GUAGUCUACGAUGAUACAUACAACUCCGUAGCAAAACUGCUUUUGCGAGCACGGCGCUCAACAACACUCGCUAACGAGAUUACUGUUCGAUGAAACACCCGUGACGGACACAAUUUCGAGAUGCCCUGGGUCUUGGCAUCUGGAGAAAUCGUCGGUGUGCGCGACCAAUCACAGGAGGCAGACGAUCGACACACUUGCACAACUCCUGAACCUGUCUCCCCCCUUGAGCGUCGUGCAUUCCUCCUUCUUCACUCAUUACUGACCUCGAGUCCGCUCAUUCACACCUCACCGCAGUCUCUCCCUCCAUCAUUGCUGUGCGGCUGGUUUACGCACUACCACACUCAUUUUUUUGACAGGAUAUCCGAUUCAGUCGCAACCAUGCGGUCCUUCGCUCUCCCCGUCGUCACACUCCUGUCGACGCUCGCCACGACGACUUUUGCCCAGACCUUCACCAAAUGCAAUCCAUUGAAGGAGAAAGGAUGUCCCAAUAUGCCCGCUCUCGGCGGUAACGCGACUUUUCGCUUUAAUGAUACGCUUUACGACAAGAUUUGGGAGAAGAGGAACCAAGGAAAGGUGGACUGGAGCGAGAAGGGCGCCACUAUGACAGUGGAGCGUAGCGGCGACUCUCCGCAACUCGUCUCCAAGUUCUACAUGCUUUUUGGUCGCGUAACGGUCAUUAUGAAGGCUGCGCGUGGUCGAGGCAUUAUAUCAACGGCAAUCUUGCAGUCGGAGACCUUGGACGAGAUUGACUGGGAAUUCAAAGGCGACAACACUACGGCUAUGACAAACUACUAUGGCAAAGGCCACAACGAAACCUUGGGCCGUGGCGCAGACUACGAAAUGGCCCCUCCCCAGGAUGAGUUCCACAACUACACCCUUGACUGGACCAAGGAGCGCCUGCAAUGGUGGCUGGAUGGCAAGAUGCUGCGCGAGCUCAAGUACGGAGAUGCUCAGGGUGGAAAAGAAUAUCCUCAGACUCCCAUGAACAUCCGCAUUGGAAUCUGGGCGGCCGGCGACAAGGACAAGAACGGACCUGGCGUAGUGGAAUGGGCCGGCGGCGAGACCGACUUCAAGCAAGGACCCUUCGUAAUGACUGUGCAAGAGGUAUUUGCCCAAGAUUACACUUCGGCUAAGGAGUAUUCCUGGGAGAAUAUGGAUGCGUCCGGCACGUGGGACAAGGUCAAAAUCAUCGAAGGUAAAUCAGCUGCCAUGACAGAAUACGAGAAACCGAGCGGCGUGCGCAACCGCUGGGCGGCCCUUGGUCGGACUGCGCAAAUUGCCAUCGUCGCCUCCGUCAUCGGUGUAGUGGUGAUUGCCGCAGCCGUUAUCUUGUUCUGCUGCAUCAAGCAACGCCGCGCCGGUCGACGUGCGGCUGCGGCUUAUCAGGCCCAGCAGGACAAGGAAGCCGCCGAGCUGCUCGAGUACCGUGGACAGCAGGCCCCUGGCGGAAAGUUUGGAUACAACCGCAUCUAAGCAUGUCCUUGUGUGGAGGCUCUCAUGAUUGACCGGGUAGUUGACGAGGCAGCAUGCCGAGAGUCCUGCGCCCACUCAGUCGACAUCUUAUGGUCUGACGGUAGUACCGCGAAAGGCAGAGGCCUAUAUACUCUGCAUGUUGCAGCUGCAUUCACAGCUGAUUUGUUAUGACGAUUCCGAUACCCUGUUCUC